AAAAAAAAGAAUUUUUACAAGGUUUAAAACAUAUUUUGUUAAAAAAAAUUUAAAAAUUAAAAAAAAACUGUUAAAAAAUUAAUUAAAAAUAAUGACUAGCUGACGUCAGCAACUAGCUGUUAUAAAUUUGAAUUAGAGCUCGCCCCGGGGCCAGCUAGCUGGCUGGUUUGGGCCGACCGAUUGACCUUAUGGCCCUUUUUUGUCCAGUGGAACCCAUGAGCCCUUUGGCCUGGCCAUCGGUUGGAGAUCGUUUUCGGGCUAUUUUCGGCCCUCUGGACCCUUCGGUUGGAGAUGGCCUAAGUGACUUUCUAUAUUGAUCAAGCAAUUAUUCAAUAAGCAUUCACCUUUUGAUUUAUAAAAAACUCAUUAUGGGUAGUCAUUCGCAAAUUUCUCUAUCAAGUAUUUUUGUAAUGAUCAUGUAGUGCUUUUUUAAUUCUUUGUGAUGCAUCGCUUUAUCAUUAUGCCUGGAUUCCUUAGAAUUUGAAAGUUCCUCAUCCAAAUCUAUGAUGAACUUUGUAUCUAUCCUAUAGACCCAUUGAAGUAAGGCCCAUAGGCCCAUAGUUAAACUUAAAAAUCAUCACUCGGCGCGCGGUUUUUGUUUCUCUGUAAUUCUCAUCACCUCCAUGCGUGGAAGCAAAUGCAAGAGACUGUGGGAGACCAUGACCCUAAAGCCUGCCUUGAGGACCCUCACACAGUCCUACACGAAACUAGCUCCCAAGCAAUACCACUUUGCCUAUCAUACCAAUCAUCUCGGCCGCCCUCACGACAUGCCCUUCACUCCGAAAACGGAGGGCUUGGUCUCGGAAUCCAGCAAUGCACACCAACUGUUCGACAAAACUCCGCAAAGAGACGUUUUAGAAUCCAGUCACGUGCUUUUUGAGUACUUUCGGAAUGACCGUAACCAUGAAGCGCUUAACCUGUUUGUGGGUCUUUGGCGGUCUGGUUUACGGGCUAAUGGGUCGAUUCUGUCUUCUGUUCUUAAGGUUUGUGGAUGUUUAUCUGAUCAAGUUGUCGGUAAGCUACUUCAUUGUCAAUGUGUAAAAUCUGGGAUUGUGGAGGACGUUAGUGUUGGGACCUCACUUGUUGAUAUGUAUAUGAAAACUGAAGGUGUUGGUGAUGGGAGGAGAGUCUUUGAUGAGAUGGGGGAUAGAAAUGUAGUGUCAUGGACCUCGUUAGUUGCCGGUUAUUCAAGAAAUGGAUUGAAUGACCAGGCAUUGGAAUUGUUUACGGAGAUGCAAUUGGAAGGAAUUAAGCCUAACCCGUAUACAUUUGCGACUGUUCUUGGAGUUUUGGCAGAUGAAGGUAUGGUUGAGAAGGGAAGACAGGUUCAUACCAUGGUGAUAAAGAAUGGUUUUGAAUCAAUUAUGUCCGUGUGCAAUUCUUUGAUUAAUAUGUAUCUAAAAUCAGGGAUUGUUAGGGAUUCUAGAGCUGUUUUUCAUUGUAUGGAACGUAGGGAUGCAGUUACUUGGAAUAGUUUGAUUGCAGGUUAUGUGAUGAAUGGGUUCGAUUUGGAAGCAUUUGAAAUGUUUAAUCAGAUGAGGCUUGCGGGCUUUAAGUUCACAGAAGCAAUAUUUGUUACUGUUAUUAAGUUAUGUGCUAACUUUAAAGAAUUGGUAUUUGCUAGACAGCUUCAGUGCCGGGUUGUAAAGACUGGGUUGGCAUUUGACCGCAAUAUUCAAACAGCACUUAUGGUAGCAUACAGUAAGUGUGGUGAAAUGGAUGAUGCUUAUAAAAUUUUCUCUAUGAUGCAAGGUGUUCAAAGUGUGGUAACUUGGACUACAUUGAUCACUGGGUACUUGCAGAAUGGUGGAAAAGAGAGAGCAUUGAAGUUAUUCUGUGAAAUGAGUCGAGAAGGUGUUAGACCAAACGAUUUCACUUAUUCUGCCAUCCUUAUGGUCUACCCUUCUUUUUUUAUAUUCCAAGUACAUGCACAAGUCAUUAAAACCAAUUACGAGAAGUCACCUUCAGUAGGAACUUCACUCAUAGAUGCUUAUGUUAAGAUGGGAAAUGUUCAUGAAGCUGAAAAAGUGUUUCAAAUAAUUGAAGGGAAGGACAUUGUGGCAUGGUCAGCAAUGCUUUCGGGAUAUGCUCAGAUAGGAGAUACCGAGGGAGCUGUUAAAACUUACCUCCAGUUGACAAGGGAGGGGGUCAGACCUAAUAUGUUUACCUUGUCAAGUGUCAUCAAUGCUUGUGCUGCGCCUACAUCUGCAGUAGAGCACGGCAAACAGUUUCAUGCAUGCUCAAUCAAAUUAAGGUUGGAUAAUACUUUAUGCCUAAGUAGUGCUCUUGUCACCAUGUAUGCAAAGAUGGGGAAUAUUGAGAGUGCAAAUGAAGUUUUCAAGAGGCAAGGUGAGCGAGACUUAAUUUCAUGGAACUCAAUUAUCUCUGGAUAUGCUCAACAUGGUAACGGGAAGAAGGUUCUUGAAGUAUUUGAGGAUAUGCGAAGACAAAAUUUGGAAAUGGACGGUAUAACAUUCAUUAUUGUGAUUUCUGCCUGUACUCAUGCAGGCUUAGUAGACGAAGGUGAAAAAUACUUCAAUAUUAUGGUCCAAGAUUACCAUAUUGAUCCAGCAAUGGAGCACUAUUCUUGUAUGGUUGAUCUAUACAGCCGAGCAGGAAAUCUUGAAAAGGCCAUGGAUAUCAUAAAUGGAAUGCCAUUUGAUGCAGGUGCAAAUGUGUGGCGAGCUCUCUUAGGUGGUUGCCGCAAUAUAGAGAUGGGAAAACUCGCUGCAGAAAAGCUCAUUUCACUUCAGCCACAUGAUUCUGCUGCAUAUGUUAUGCUGUCCAAUAUCUAUGCCGCAGCUGGAAACUGGCAAGAGAGAGCUAAAGUUAGGAAACUCAUGGAUGAGAGAAAAGUGAAAAAGCAACCCGGGUAUAGCUGGAUUGAGGUGAAUAACAAGACGUACUCAUUCUUGGCUGGUGACAAUUCACAUCCCAUGUCAGACCUUAUAUAUUCAAAGCUUGAUUACUUAAAUAACCGCUUAACUGACAUGGGUUAUCAGCCGGACACGGAUUAUGUGCUUCAUGAUGUUGAAGAGGAACACAAAGCAGCCUUUCUUUCUCAACACAGUGAGAGAUUGGCCAUUGCUUUUGGAUUGAUUGCCACACAUCCAGGGUUCACCAUCCAAAUUCUGAAAAAUCUUAGAGUUUGUGGUGACUGUCACAAUGUUAUUAAGUUGAUUUCAGUGAUUGAAGAGAGAGAAAUUAUCGUCAGGGAUUCAAAUCGGUUCCACCACUUUAAGGGUGGUUUAUGCUCUUGUGGAGACUAUUGGUGAACAUCCCAC